UGCCUCCCUCCCCUCGGCUGGCGACAGUAGUAUCUCCGACAGCGCCUGAAGGCAACACGCAUCUGUAUAAAAGGCGAGGGAGGGGGCCGUGAACGCAUCAUUCCAUCCAGGUGGGAAAGCAGCACGAUGUCGAGGAUGUGGUUCUGGGGGGAAAGCAGCUGUGGAGUCUUCGGUCCCAGGGCGUCCUUAACCCCCGUGUCGUGGACGGUUCCUAAUGACGUCAUCAAUGUUUUCUGCGGGGAUCAACACGUUUUAGUCCUGCGGGAGGAAGGGACACUUUUAUCGCAGGGAAGCAACUCCAGGCGACAACUUGGACGGAGGGCUUCGAAUAAUGAAAAAGGCCAAGUGGAGGGCCUGCCUUUUGUGUUGGGCGUGGCUUGUGGUCAAUACCACUCCCUGGCCUUGAGUUUAUCUGGAGUAGUCUACUCCUGGGGGGCAGGAGAAGAUGGACAACUUGGGUGUCUACCCAAUCACACCUGUGAUUCUCAGCAAGCAACGCCUGUGCAAAUGCCGACACACACGGUUCAGGUCGCUUGUGGAGACUUUCACUCUGUGGCAUUGAUCAAAGGAGGAGACGUCUUCUGCUGGGGCUCCAACAGUCAUGGGCAGCUGGGUGUGGGGAGGCAGGUGUCACUGCAGUAUGCGCCCCUCUUCGUGGGCCCGCUCACUGGCAUACCGGUUACCCAGAUCUCAGCCGGGGCGACCCACACACUCUUCCUCACGCUGUCAGGCCUGGUGUACUGCUGUGGGGCCAACAAACACGGUCAGCUGGGCCUGAACCGGGUCGACCCGAAAGGCCGAUUCAACAUCUGUGUUGUCCCUGCUCUAAGACGUCUGAGCAUCGCCUUCAUCGCCUGCGGAGAGAAUCACUCCGUCGUCCUAACAAAGGAGGGCGAAGUUUAUACGUUUGGAGAAGGGGCUCACGGUCAGCUGGGUCACGGCUCUUUUGCUGAUGAAGUGAUGCCCAAACUUGUGGUCGGGAUGGACGAGCGGGCGUCCCAGGUGGCCUGUGGCAGACGCCACACUCUUGUUUUGGGAUCCUCUGGCAAACUUUGGGCAUUUGGAAAUGGGGUGAAAGGUCAAAUUGGGACUGGAAAAGCAGCGAGUAGUGCGACCCCCACGCUGGUACAACUUCCAUUGGGCUCUGACUGCACAGCAGACUUGAGGAUCGCAGCCGGUUGGAACGCCAGUUUUGCUUUCACCGGACCGCAGGGUUUGGAGCAAAAGCAGAUAAUCGGAAGGCUCGAUGAGGCCAAGCUGAGGAAAUGGCUGGCGUUAAAAAAGGGCAAACCAGAGGCUGAGAGAGAGAUCUUCGAGAUGUUUUUUUCAACUUCAAGCCUCGUUGGCAGUUUUACAAAAGUCACUGGGCUCUCGCGAGAAGCAGAUGCAUUAAAUAUAGACCUGGAUGCUGCGAGCCAAACCUUCUCUCAGAUGCUGGCCGUACCAUGGAUACGAAAAAAGGUGGACUUGGAAAACCUCCUAAACAUUCUCGUUGACUCACGACGUGUCCUCAGAUCUCCAGAGAUCAUUGUGGUCCUGCUCUCUUGCCCUCUCUUCCAAGACGUUGCACAUGUCCUGAACCUCGUGUUGCCGUUGGCUGUGGUCAUCAAAGACACGAGCGAGAGGUGUCAGACAACGCUGAAAGGCUGGUGGUCCGCCAUGUCAGCCGCCACGCUGUUGACGCACAUCCAGGUGUUCAAAAACGCUCUGGCGUUUACCAUCAAGAGUCAACUCCUGGAGACACACAUUCCAGGCGUGAAAGCUGUGUUGGAGGUCCUAAAGCUCCUCUACAAGGUCAACAAAAGAGUGACGCCCCACAAAGUCCCGCUCGACACCUUUUAUGUCGAGGAAAUUGCUGACUCUCACCUCACGGUGGAUAUUCCUCUUUGGUUAUCAUUCUAUCAUCAUGAGGAUGAGCAGAGCACACCUGUCAUCUUUUGCCGCUACCCCUUCCUGCUCAGUUUGCACUGGAAAACGUUGGCUUUCGCGCUGAUUGCAGGAGCUUGGAAAACAUUGAUGACGUCAUUAGGAACCGUCCACGACACGGGGGUUAAAGACGCCCUGGGACCGAAGACUCCACAGCUGCUUUCCCCCCAGAACCACAUCCUCGACAUCGUGCUGCUUUCCCACCUGGAUGGAAUGAUGCGUUCACGGCCCCCUCCCUCGCGUUUAAUACAGAUGCGUGUUGCCUUCAGGCGCUCCGAGCGCGGGACAAAGCACACGAUGCGAGCGCACGACCGCGCCAACAAACCUGAGUAG